AUGUCUGCAAGCAACACUGAGAUAUACACCGCGCACUACGACAGUAACCAGUUUGUGGUCGGAGGCGGCGUCGCGAUCUUUCACCUUGCGACGAGUCGUGUGGUGAUAUGCAGCUGCGUUCACCGAGGACGAAAGUAUUACUUUCUACCCAAGGGACGACGCGACGCCGGUGAGGAGAGCGGCACAGGCGCAGAAAGAGAAGGAUAUGAAGAGUCGGGCUACCGUAACCGUCUUCUCCCUCUACCCACCGUGCAUCGGCAACCACAAGCCCACCCACGCGUCCACGCCUCUCCACAGACCGCCGAACCAGUCUCUAUGCAACUCAUGCCUCUCGGUACGCGGCAAUACAUAAUCUACUGGUAUAUCGCCGAGACGCUUCCUCCAAACCUCGAGACCCUGCUUGAGACGGAAGCCGGCGCAGUGUACAAACCGCCACCAGCAUACCCUCAGAACCUCUCUUUACGCGACAGAAUAAAACAAGAACCUGAGGGAUACGAGCCAAGACACCAUGAGAACACAGGGGUAGAUGAACUGGAAGUCACAUAUGAGAGUCAUCUCGUGAGUGUGGAGGAGGCAAUGGAAACAUUGGGGAAGGAAGGCAGUAUGGGUCGCGUUAUGGCGGAAGUGGUGAGGAAAGGCUGGGAGGGAAUACAAAGGAGGUUCGAGAUGGAGGACGCUGCUACGCACGAGAGCCCGGAGGCAGUUUGA